AUGAACUUGUUCAACCCGGCACAGUUGGCUAAGCUGGGAGGCGCUACGCUUCCUCAAGCUGCGCCUGCUAUUAAGUUUGCACAAGAACAGCAGGGUGUGUUGGGGCGGAGCCUGCGACCAUACUUCAAUAUAACGACCUCCACCUUCCUUAAGCGUCUUGGCCUUUUGAUGUUUCCCUACGUGCGGUUCAAUGAGCGAUCGACAAACCUACCGUUGGACCUUUACAUGCCACUGGUGGGACAUGCCGCAUACGGUGUCAUAAUGGCAUUCACAGAGAUUCUCUCCACUGGAGGCUUCAGGCCUGCUCUAUUUACACGGAAUGUUAUACUUGCAGCUAUAAUUGUUGGCUUGGAAGCACUCGUGGUAAUCGGCAUUUCCUCUAGUGUAAGCCUUAAGGUGCCCAAACUGGAGCUAAUAGCACUUUCCUGCUACAAAGUAUUCGUUUCAGUGAUAGCGUCAUUUAUCUCAAUAUUCAAUCGGGUGCUGUACUAUAUAGCUCUAGUCUGGUUGGGCGUUGCCCUCGGGGUUCACCUGGCUCUUUACGGAAUUGGCUGUAUAAAGGCUACUCAGUCGGAGCUAUAUCUCAGUAGACGCCAGAUCUCGAUUCAGAAUUGGUUCGUGCUUCUUUGGGCGAUUAUGCAGCCUGUUCUCCUCUUUGUCCUGACCAUCCUUUGA